CGGCGUCGGCCGGGCGGGCGGGCGGCGAAGCUGGAGCGGCGGUGGCGGCGGCGGCAGGAGGCCGGGGCCGAGGCCGGGGCUGCGGGGCCGGCGGGGCGGCAGGCGGCGGAGCCGGCGGCGGCCCGGGGCGCGAGCCCGGCGGCAGCGGCGGCCGCCAUGGCCGAGAGCAUCAUAAUCCGCGUCCAGUCCCCAGAUGGCGUGAGGCGCAUCACGGCCACCAAGAGAGAAACAGCUGCCACGUUUCUGAAAAAGGUUGCAAAGGAGUUUGGCUUCCAGAAUAACGGCUUCUCAGUGUACAUCAACAGAAACAAGACUGGAGAGAUCACCGCGUCUCCGAACAAGUCGCUCAGCUUGCUGCGGAUCAAGCACGGCGACUUGCUGUUCCUGUUCCCCUCGAGCCUGGCGGGACCCUCGUCGGAGAUGGAGACGUCCACUGCUGCGCCAGGCCCGAAGGCCCCGGGGGCCGCCCAGGUGGUGGAGGACGAGAUCGACCAGUACCUCAGCAGACAGGACGGGAAGAUCUACCGGAGCCGGGACCCGCAGCUAUGCCGCCACGGCCCCUUGGGGAAGUGUGUUCACUGCGUCCCCCUGGAGCCUUUUGACGAGGACUACCUGAACCACCUGGAGCCCCCCGUGAAGCACAUGUCCUUCCACGCCUACAUCCGGAAGCUGACUGGGGGCGCCGACAAGGGAAAGUUUGUCGCCCUGGAGAACAUCAGCUGCAAAAUUAAAUCAGGCUGUGAGGGGCACCUGCCGUGGCCCAAUGGCAUCUGUACCAAGUGCCAGCCAAGUGCCAUCACGCUCAACAGACAGAAGUACAGGCACGUGGACAACAUCAUGUUUGAGAACCACACCGUGGCCGACCGCUUCCUGGACUUCUGGAGGAAGACUGGGAACCAGCAUUUUGGGUACCUGUAUGGCCGGUACACGGAGCACAAGGACAUCCCGCUGGGCAUCCGGGCCGAGGUGGCCGCCAUCUACGAGCCCCCGCAGAUUGGUACACAGAACAGCCUGGAGCUUCUCGAAGACCCCAAAGCAGAGGUGGUGGAUGAAAUUGCUGCCAAACUUGGCCUGAGGAAGGUUGGCUGGAUAUUCACAGACCUCGUCUCGGAAGACACCCGCAAGGGCACUGUCCGUUACAGUCGCAACAAGGACACCUACUUCCUGAGUUCAGAGGAGUGCAUCACUGCGGGCGACUUCCAGAACAAGCACCCCAACAUGUGCCGCCUCUCCCCCGACGGGCACUUUGGAUCCAAGUUUGUGACCGCGGUAGCCACAGGUGGCCCUGACAACCAGGUCCACUUCGAAGGCUACCAGGUGUCCAACCAGUGCAUGGCGCUGGUGCGCGAUGAGUGCCUGCUGCCCUGCAAGGACGCCCCCGAGCUCGGCUACGCCAAGGAGUCCAGCAGCGAGCAGUACGUGCCUGACGUGUUUUAUAAGGACAUCGACAAGUUUGGCAACGAGAUCACCCAGCUGGCCCGCCCGCUGCCCGUGGAGUACCUGCUCAUUGAUAUCACAACAACUUUCCCCAAGGAUCCAGUUUACACUUUUUCUAUUUCACAAAAUCCUUUUCCGAUUGAAAACCGGGAUGUCCUGGGUGAGACGCAGGACUUCCACAGUCUGGCCACCUACCUGUCCCAGAACACCUCGUCCGUGUUCCUGGACACCAUCUCUGACUUCCACCUGCUACUCUUUCUGGUCACCAAUGACGUCAUGCCCCUGCAGGACAGCAUCAGCCUGCUGCUGGAAGCCGUGAGAACCAGGAACGAGGAGCUGGCUCAGACGUGGAAGAAGUCGGAGCAGUGGGCCACCAUCGAGCAGCUGUGCAGCACGGUCGGUGUGCAGCUUCCGGGUCUGCAGGAGUACGGCGCCGUCGGGGGCUCGGCGCGCGCCACCACAGCAGCCAUGUGGGCCUGCCAGCACUGCACCUUCAUGAACCCCCCUGGCACCGGCCACUGCGAGAUGUGCAGCCUCCCCAGGGCCUAGGGCGAGCCCCACAGGAGUGUGGUGGGGCCCACUGCCCGGGGCUCGGGUCCCCAGAGCUCAGCACAGCUCUUCCCGGAGACAGUGCCCACUGGGGUGUGGCUGAACGCGACCUGCAGCCGCCUCGCAGCUGGCCCGAGGGCCAGGGCUCUGCACCGCCACCUGGAUCGGGCACCCAGUGCUGCCCCUGCCCUGCUUUCUUCACCCAGCUCCUGAUGCUCUUCCUCCCGUCCCACCCUGCCUUUCCGUCAGACCCCUGGGCUGUCUGUGGCCAGGCUGGCUGACGUGCUGCCACUCCGGUGCCAGGCAGCAGGAACGACGUGUCGGUUAUAAUAACAGUUUCCGCAAUUCCUGCCCAGAAGACUUCUAUUUAUUUUUUUAGGCUAAAGCUGGCGGGCGCGAACCUGGUGCGUGCUGCUUCCCUGCAGAGCAGCCCGAGGAGGCGGCAGCUCACAGGGCACAGCCGGCUCUGCUCUGAAGUAACCUCAGUGCCUGAGACGCGGACCAAGCCCAGGGCGGGCGGCAGGCACCAGCUCUGGGGAGCGCUGCCCAGACCCGACACUUGCGCCCACGUUUGCUCCCUAGCUGCCCCGGCCUGGUGAGGCCGCUGCUGGCUGCCGAAGGGGCACAGCCGGUGCAGGGCCAGGCUGGCUCCAUCGGGCCUCGGCCCCCAUGCGCGCUGUGGCACCUGUGCGUCUCUUUGCCUUAACGACCAGCGGGAGAGGCCGGUCCAGCCCUCAUGGCGCCGGGCACGGGGGCCGCUGCCAACCCACCUCACGGCUCAGGCAAGGAGGGCAGCUGGUGCCCGGGGCUGUCUCGGUGGCCGGCCAGACUGCAGCCUCCCUCUGUGGUCCCUGAGACCUGGUGGCCACCGUCUCCCCUUGGUCCUGGCGUCCCUGGCUCAUGUGCUUUGCCGCUCAGGAGGACCCUUACCUCUGCUUCUCGGCUGGCUUUCUGUGCCCGAAGCCGAGUGGCUCAGCCAGCUGCUCCAGCCCACCCCUCGUCACAGGCCCCUGGGCCGCAGGACGCUCAGCAGGUGACAAAGCACCUGUCGGGUUGGCGUGGCCGCCUCUGGGACGUGGGUGCCUGCGUGUGGCCCCCCUGGGAGUUGGCAGGUGUGUGUCGGGGCUGCUUGCACAGUGACCUCGGCCUUGCAGUGGAACCCAAUAAAGGCGCCCGAAGGCCC